AACUCAUCAGCUGUCCCGUGAUCAUGCGCGGUUCUGCGACUUCUGCACCUUGCGCGAGAGCAAUAGAGCAUCAGACAUCAGACAGCAUCAGAGCACGCUGGAGACGUGGUCGAGUAGGUCGCUGUCACUUGUCCGCUUUGCUUUCACUUUCGUUUUGCAUGUAGAAUGAAAAUCCUUUGUGUCAUUUGUCACGAUCUGCUGAUACCGUCCGAAGACAUCUCUUUCAUUCGUUGCGGACAUGUCUUUCAUCAUCACUGCCUGUUGCAAUGGCUCGAAAGAUCGCAGACCUGUCCGCAAUGUCGGGAUAGAGCGACGGAGAGUAGAAUCCACAAGGCUCACUUUACGUUUUCGAAUACCGAGAUCUCCACGGAUAAUGCGAACAAUUCGUCCUUGCAAGGGAAGAUCGACAACUUGCAAUUUCAGAUUUUACUGAAUGAAAAGAACAUCAAGCAUUACACCUCGAAAAAUGCGAUUCUAGAAAAGCAGAAUGCUGGCCUCAGACAGGAAGUACGAAAGGUGGAAAGCGAGAUCAAUCAGAAGAACUCUGCUAUCUACGCCCUGAAGGAACAGAUAAAGUAUUUUAAGAGCAAGAGUCAUCUGGCAUAUGAUGAUCUCAAGAAGAAGCUGUCUCAGAAAGAGAGGGAGAUGUUAGAAUUACGAGAAGUAACGCUAAGGAAAACGAAAAAAAUUGAGAAUCUACAAUGUUUGCUUGCAAGGCAGCGUGAAUCCUUGAGAGAAGAGCGAUCUAAGAGAUUAGACGUCGAAGUACGUUCGAAAGCAACUUGCGAAAGUGGUAACAUAUCUCUACAACUUCGAGUUAAUGAAUUAGAAAGGCUACUUAAGACUACAUUGGACCAAAACUGUACCGAUUCUAGUAUCCAAAGAAAGUCUAAUGAAAAUUCUUUGAUUAGCAUACAGCCAGUAGAUAUUAAUACCCAGCAAAUAAAUGCAAAACAGGAAACUGCAGAUAAAAAUGGUCCAUCGUCUUCAGAGAAGGAAGUUGAAAUUAUUACUAUUGCAGACCAGGACUCAAUGAAUAACUCUACAUUUGAUGAAUGUCCAACCAUUACAAAAAAAGCGAGACUGUGUUUGCAAUCAGGUAAUAGUAGAGAUAAGCCAAGUAAUGAUCAUUAUUUGAUGUAUAAUGAGCUACUUAGAAUAUCAAGAACACAGCAAGAUCAUAAUCAGGAAAAAUGUUAAAAUUAAAUAGUCUUUCGCGAUAUUAUCCUUAAAAAUGUCCGUAUAAAAAGCAAUUUAGUAUUCAAAUUUAUUUUUACUAUCAUUUAUAUCAACAUCUGCUUAUACAUUUACAUUAAAUUAUACACAGAAUAGAAUUGUAUGUAUUGGAAUUCUAAACAUUGCUUGAGCUAUCUCUUUUUACAGUAGAAUCUCUUCAAUUUUUAUUUUUAUUUAAACGUAGAAUUCAUUACAAUCAAAAUUAGUUUUGUUUGUGAUGGUACAUUAACAAAAUAAAAACAUUUAUAUUUCUUAUUUUUUUAUAUUGUAUAAACAUGUGUAAGCAAAAAAGGAUUCUAAUCUAAAGGAUCCCAAUUUUUUCUACGGAUAAUUUAUAAAGCAGAUGUAUGAUGUUCCAAUUAAUAUAUUUCAUCAAUUAUAAAUUUGGUAUCAAUAAUGUAAAGGAAACAUUAUUGUGUAAGUGUUGUAUGUAUUAUAUAUUUCUUCGAAAGUAUAUAGAUGCUAAAAUCUGUAUUGAGAUUAUUAUAAAAAUUUGUCUUCACAUUAGAUGUUAACAUACUGUAAUGAGAUAAUUGUAUAUGUGCAUUUAUUACUCUAAAAACUAUUUUUUUAAUAUAAAGUAUAUAUUUUGUGUGCAUGUAUAUUUGCAUUUGAUAGGCAUCUACCUCAAGAAAAAAUCUACACAUGAUUUUUAACGUAGUUAACAUAUAACUUAGAAUCUCGCUUAUAAUUUUACAUAAUUAAGUUUUAUAUAUCUUUAUUACAUUAUUAUCCACGUUUAAUUUUUUCAUGUGCCAAAAAUAUUUCCGGGAUAAAAUAACAAAUAAAGACAUAAUAAAACAAUGUAAGAUAUGAGAAAACAUUAUUAGAAUAAUGGAUUUGUCUGUAGAGGAAUCAAGCAAUUAUCAUUUUGAUGUGUAUCUAUAAACUUUUAUUCAGUUUUCAUAGGCGCUACAUCAUUUUCAUACGCAAAGAGAUAGACAAAGGAAAUUUUGACGUCACAUAUGUAUAUAUUCACACAGGAUAUUUCGCGGACAGGACAUGCCAUUUAAAUGUUACAAAACGCAUUGGUUCUUAUCGGUAGCAGUCGUGUGUUUUAACAAUUGGAUUAGUAAUCGGAAUACUCUCUUAUAUACUAGGAACUGAAAAACGAGUAUUUUGUACGUAAGACUAGUUUCGUUCCUCUACUCUUUCGUAUUCAAUUGUAAAUGCGAACGAAUUCAAAGUCGUCAUUCAAAGCGUUAUCUAAUGCAUCAAUACUUCUAUACUCGUUUAUGUAUUAUUAUUAUUAUUUUCAUUUAAUAGCGUUAUUGUACGUCAAGCGUCAGUACGAAUGUACAAAAACACAUUUUGGCUUACCAAACCAAGUUCCCGUUAAACUUAUAAUAUGUUAAAAAGUUGAUUCAAUUGCGAUCGCCUUACCGUUACAGUUAAUUAUUUCAGGUUUGGUCAAUGGUAUGGUAACACUUGUGCAAAAUUCUUCGUAUUGAGAUAAUAUAAACGUCUGCGUGGAUGAAUAAUAUUGCGACAUGAUAAAAUUAUUUCGUCAGUUAUCAAUUAUCGUUUUAAAUAUGUACAGAUAUAUGCUUCCUUAAAAAUAAACUAGCUUUUAAAGCGAUGGAAUUACAAGAUA